AUGGGGGAAGGGAAGACGGGACGGGAGGGGAGACGGGUGGGGGGGAAAGAGGGGUGGGGGGUAAAGAGCGGGUGGGGGUUGAGAGAGGGGGUUGGCAGGAAAGGGGCGGAGGGUGGGGGAGAGGUGGUGGGGUGUGUUCAUGUGAUGGGAAAGACGUAUAUGGGAGCCAAGCCAACCAGCCAAGCCAACCAGCCAAGCCAACCAGCCAAGCCAACCAGCCAAGCCAACCAGCCAAGCCAACCAGCCAAGCCAACCAGCCAAGCCAACCAGCCAGGCCAACCAGCCAGGCCAACCAGCCAGGCCAACCAGCCAGGCCAACCAGCCAAGCCAACCAGCCAGGCCAACCAGCCAAGCCAACCAGCCAAGCCAACCAGCCAAGCCAACCAGCCAAGCCAACCAGCCAAGCCAACCAGCCAAGCCAACCAGCCAGGCCAACCAGCCAGGCCAACCAGCCAAGCCAACCAGCCAGGCCAACCAGCCAAGCCAACCAGCCAAGCCAACCAGCCAGGCCAACCAGCCAAGCCAACCAGCCAAGCCAACCAGCCAAGCCAACCAGCCAAGCCAACCAGCCAGGCCAACCAGCCAAGCCAACCAGCCAGGCCAACCAGCCAAGCCAACCAGCCAAGCCAACCAGCCAAGCCAACCAGCCAAGCCAACCAGCCAAGCCAACCAGCCAAGCCAACCAGCCAAGCCAACCAGCCAAGCCAACCAGCCAAGCCAACCAGCCAAGCCAACCAGCCAAGCCAACCAGCCAAGCCAACCAGCCAAGCCAACCAGCCAACCAGCCAAGCCAACCAGCCAAGCCAACCAGCCAAGCCAACCAGCCAAGGCCAACCAGCCAAGCCAAGCCAACCAGCCAAGCCAACCAGCCAAGCCAACCAGCCAAGCCAACCAGCCAAGCCAACCAGCCAAGCCAACCAGCCAAGCCAACCAGCCAAGCCAACCAGCCAAGCCAACCAGCCAGGCCAACCAGCCAAGCCAACCAGCCAGGCCAACCAGCCAAGCCAACCAGCCAAGCCAACCAGCCAGGCCAACCAGCCAAGCCAACCAGCCAAGCCAACCAGCCAGGCCAACCAGCCAAGCCAACCAGCCAAGCCAACCAGCCAAGCCAACCAGCCAAGCCAACCAGCCAGGCCAACCAGCCAGGCCAACCAGCCAAGCCAACCAGCCAAGCCAACCAGCCAAGCCAACCAGCCAAGCCAACCAGCCAAGCCAACCAGCCAAGCCAACCAGCCAGGCCAACCAGCCAAGCCAACCAGCCAAGCCAACCAGCCAAGCCAACCAGCCAAGCCAACCAGCCAAGCCAACCAGCCAAGCCAACCAGCCAAGCCAACCAGCCAAGCCAACCAGCCAAGCCAACCAGCCCAACCAGCCCCACCAACCCACCCUACCAGCCAAGCCAACCCCAUCAAACGACCAACCCAGCCGAGCUAA